AUGUCCGAAAAAAUAAAAGAACUUGAGCCAACGAUUCAAUUAUCUUCAACACUUUCUAAUGAUGAAGGGAACACGUUUUUAGAAAGUCAACAAAAUCAUGAUAUUGAAAGUCAACAAAAAAAUGAACCAAUUAAUAAUGAUUCUAAUUCCUCUUCAACAUCUUCAAUGAAAAAUUUUUACGUAAUUGCAAGUGGUUAUUUACUUUUCACUUUAACAGACUCAGGAUUACGAAUGAUCAUUCUAUUUCAAUUAUAUAAUUUAAAAUAUAACGCUUUACAAAUAUCUUUGAUGUUUACGUUAUAUGAAUUUUGUGGGGUUGUUACAAAUCUGGUUGGAGGUAUUCUCGGAUCUCGAAUGGGUUUAAGAUUUUGUCUUCUCAUUGGACUUGUAUUUCAGAUAAUGGGAAUUGGAUUACUUUGUGGAUUAAGAAUAGAUUGGAGUAAAACAAUUGUAAUAAUAUAUAUUAUUAUAUCACAAGGAUUUAGUGGUAUAGCAAAAGAUUUGGUAAAAUUGGGAGGAAAAUCUGUAACAAAAUUAGUAACAAAGGACGAAAAUGAAUCACAUCAAUCAAAACUUUUUAAAUUGGUAGCUUGGCUUACCGGUGCAAAGAAUUCAAUUAAAGGGGCAGGAUUCUUUUGGGGUGCACUUUUAUAUAGAUUUAUAGGAUACAUACCAUCUUUAUUGGUUUUAUUGGUAAUGAAUUUAAUUGUUAUUCCUCCUGCUUUAUUUUAUCUUGAUCAUACAUUGGCUGUCAGUAAAUCAAAGAAAAAAUUAACAUUAAAAGAAAUUUUUAAUAAGGGAAGGAAUGUAAACAUUUUAUCAUUAGCUAGAAUGUUUUUAUUUGGAUCACGAGAUUUAUGGUUUGAAGUUCCGGUGCCUUUGUUCUUGAGAGGUCCAAUUGGAUGGUCAUAUCUUGAAACAGGGGCAUUCUUGGCCGGAUGGGUAAUGUUUUAUGGUGCAAUUCAAUCAAGUACACCUCAAUUAAUUUUAAAACCAGCUCGAAUUUAUCCCGUAAAAUCAGGAAAAAUUCUUGUUCCAUUCACAAUCAUUCUUUUGGUUAUAACAAUUGGGAUCGCAUUUGGACUUCAAUUUAUCGAUAUUACAACACAACGUACACCUUUAAUUAUAUUAAUGAUAGUCGGAUUAUUUAUAUUUUCAUUUAUUUUCGCAAUAAAUUCUUCAAUUCAUUCAUUUCUUAUAUUAGCAUAUUGUCAUAGAGAUAAAGUUGCUAUGAAUGUUGGAUUUUAUUAUAUGGGAAAUUCCAUAGGAAGAUUACUUGGAUUAAUUAUUGGUGGUGUAUUAUUUACUUAUCUUAACUUGGCAGCUUGUUUAUGGUUUUCAGUAGGAGCUCUCAUUUUAUGUACUAUAACAAGUAUAUUCUUAGGACCUGUACCUGAAGAUGAAAUUAAUGAUUCUUAA